AUGUCCGCAGAAGCAGUUCUGGCACCUGCGCCUGCAGCGCCCAAGAUUGAAAAGAAGCCGGUCAAGUUCAGCAACCUUCUACUUGGCGCUGGUCUCAACAUGUUCGAGGUCACUACACUGGGACAGCCUCUGGAGGUUGUCAAGACCACCAUGGCCGCCCACCGAACUGACACGUUCGCUGGAGCUAUGUCGCGGAUAUGGGGACGUGGUGGUGUUUUUGGAUUCUACCAAGGUCUCAUCCCGUGGGCCUGGAUCGAAGCCUCUACCAAGGGUGCUGUCUUGCUUUUCGUCGCCUCCGAGGCUGAAUACUACGCAAGAACCUUUGGGGCCAACAACUUCCUCGCUGGGAUCACGGGUGGUAUGGUCGGUGGCAUGGCCCAAGCCUAUGCAACCAUGGGUUUCUGCACAUGUAUGAAAACGGUGGAAAUCACCCAGCACAAACUGGCCGCACAGGGUGUGAAGCCCCCCUCUACGUUCACGACUUUCGCAAAUAUCUACAAGAAAGAGGGCAUCCGAGGGAUCAACAAGGGUGUCAACGCAGUCGCCAUUCGUCAAGUUACCAACUGGGGCUCCCGUUUCGGUCUUUCCAGACUCGCCGAGUCAGGUAUCCGGAGAUUCACGGGCAAGGAGAACGGAGAGAAACUGAAUGCGGGAGAGAAGAUUUUGGCCAGUGGUCUCGGUGGUGGUCUGUCUGCAUGGAACCAGCCCAUUGAAGUCAUCCGAGUCGAGAUGCAAAGCAAGUCCAAUGAUCCUAAUCGACCAAAGAACUUGACCGUCGGGAAGACGUUGAACUACAUCUACAGCACCAACGGUCUGAAAGGUCUCUACCGUGGUGUCACUCCCCGUAUCGGACUGGGUAUCUGGCAGACAAUCUGCAUGGUUGCCUUGGGUGAUAUUGCCAAAGAAGCCGUCGAGAAACUCACCGGCGAGGCGGUCACCGCGAAGCACUAG